UGCAAACUUUUCACUUCCGCGUUUUACACGUCUUUGUAUAUCUUUCCUCGGUUUUGGUGUUUCUUUUACUUUUGUAGGUCAAUAUGGCGUUUGAAAACUUGCGGAAAUACUGGCCAACGUACAGUUUUGCCCAGCCCUUCCAUGCUAUGAUGCUGCUGGCUGCCAUCGUAGCCUCCUUCCUGUUCUUCCCAGGACAGGGGACAGGAGAUGAGAAGGGGUCCGGUGGCACACUGGUCAAGUUUCUCCACCUCUUCUGUGUCUCAGCUCACUUUGGGACACAGGUGUGGGUCACCUUUGUGGCAGGCCUGACGAUGUUCCACAACCUCCCCCGUCACACAUUUGGUCACAUCCAGGGUCACCUGUUCCCAAAGUACUUCACCAUGGGCAGUGUGCUAGGACUGGUUGCCAUGGUAACCUACAUGUACGAGUAUCGCCAUGGAAACCUGACAACACACCAGCAGGUCGAGUUUGGGAUCCUGGUUGCUGUGUUUGUCUCUGCCCUUCUGAAUGCUGCUGUGGUCGGUCCCAUCAGUCUGGACAUCAUGAACCAGCAGUACGCCAUAGAGAAGGAACACGGCCACGGACACGAGGUCGGCACACACCCCGCCGGCAAGAUCCAACAGGACCAGAAGUACCAGAACGUGCGGAAGCGGUUCUUUAAGUACCACGGCAUCUCCUCGCUGGUUAACAUGGUGGCACUGGUGGGGAACGGGGUUCAUGUGUACUACCUAGCCUCACAGAUGGCUGGGAUAUAAAAGUCUUAACAAAGGUUUGGUUGGCAGAAAGUAGUGCUCUUGCACGAAACCUGGCAUUUUCCUGUUUGUUGCUACUUAGCCUCCCAGUUGGCCCGGCUGGGAUAUAGAAAAUCUUGAAGUAUACUGUGAAUACAACCCUAAAAGGCCUGGAAUUCCAGGCUAUAUACUAUGAACAAACUGCCUUUUACAGUUUACAUAUUAUGCUUCUUGUAAUUAGAACAAUCCAUUUGGUUGUGUAGUACGUAGAAGGCAGUUUGUAUACUAGUAGGGAAACAUCUGAAGACAGGCAUUGUUCACAGUACUUUUGUGAUAAGGUUUUUGCUGAUUGUUUAGUUUUGCAUAGUGAGCUUUGCUUUGCUUUUCUUGUGAAUUCCAUGAAAAGGAAAUUGAAUGUAGAAGCAAAUUCAUUGAUAAUGGUAGGGAAUGGGGUCCAUGUGUACUACUUAGCCUGCCAGUUGAAAGUCCUAAAGCACUGUGAAUACAUCCUCACAAGGCCUGGAGUUCCAGGUUAUAUACGUGUAUGAACAAACUGCCUUUUACAUACUAGUAUGCUUCUUGUAAUUACAACAUAGAGCUUGCUGUUGUUGCUAUCUUUCAUUGGACAUUCCAUCUGGUUGUGUAGUAGAAGGCAGUUUAUAUUGCAUUGUUCACAGUACUUUUGUGAUGAUGUUUUGCCUCAUUUUAGUUUUGCAUAGUGAGCUGGUUUUGAUUUUCUGAAAAUUGGUGUGUUGCAAUAUUCAGUAUAGAAAUGUAUCAAAAACUAAAUAUCUAACAUACAUAUUUUUAUAAAUGACGUUCCAAUGAAUUCUUUGAAAAAGGAAUUGAAAGACGAAGAAAUGUAGCUUGCAGAGAAUGUUUAUUGCAGCUUAAAGUUUGAAAAUAAUUGUGAUAUUGUUGCGUCUUUUUCUGUUGGCACACUAAUAUGUUUUGUAUGUAAAUUUUAUGAGUCCAUAUUCAUGAAAUAUGGUAACUUU